AUGAAACCUAAUUCUGAGAUUCUUUUAUGUUAAAUGUAUUAGCUAGCAGGAGAUAAAUGGAAUUAUGUAGAUAUUGGAUAUACACAUAUCAAUUCGAAGGUAAUGAGUUUAGAAAUGAGAUAAAUAGAAUGAAUUGAUUUUACUAUAGAAAGACACAAGUUAGGAAGUGAUUGUUGUACCAAUAAAGUAAGAGAAUGAGUUUUGUUUUGAUUAGGGUAAUGAUAUAAUAUAUAUAAUAUUAGAGGAAGCAAUUUAAUUCCAUUUUAAUAAGGAAUAUGCAUUAAGUUUUUAGAGUAGAGAAGGAGCAUUGGGAGUUUGGGCUCGUAUUCAAAAUAUUUUAGUGGAAAAUGAGGCUGAAGAUUAAGAUUCUAUAGCAUUGACACCAGUAUCUGAAAGUAAUUUGGAAUCAAUAUUGGAAACAAUGAAUAAUAUGAUAGCAUAUGGUUCUUAAUCUAAAUAGAUGUUAUAGAAUUAUCUUAUAAAUAAGAAAGUAAGAUAAUAUUUAAUUUGAUAAGGACUAUUUUGAUAAGCUUAUUAAAUUGUUUUAAUAAUUGGAGAAGGACAAUAAUAUGAAUUUAUUAUAAACAAUGUGUUAGAUUGUAAAGAAUGUAUAAAUCUAUCUAUUUAUAAAUGAUUAGAUUGUAACAGUGGCAGAACAUGAAUUAUUUUAAAUGAUAUUGAACGAUUAAAAUUAUUUAUUUAUAUUUGGUGCAUUAGAAUGUAUAUAGUAGUAUUAAUAUUAUUUUAGAUGAUUAUGAGAUGAACAAGAAGAAUUUUGUACCCCACCGUUAGUAUUUAGAGAAACAUGCAUAAUUCUUACAAGUAGUCCAAAUAAAGAGUAAAGAGAGACUUAAAACCAUUCAUUUCAUAUAUCGGCUGCAGUACUUGCGCGAUUGUGGUUUGGCCUACUACAUCGACGAGUGCCAGUUGAUGUUCAUAAAGAUAGUUUUAACGUAAUCAAAAUCAUGAUAGAUUAUAAAGAGUUGUUAUGUUGACCUCUUUAAGUACAUAGAAAAUUCGAAGGAUUAUUUGAUAGAAGUGAUUGACCAAUUAAGAAAUUUCAAUUUUUUAGCAUUAAGAUUUCUAAGUGAGAUAUGUUCAGUUUUUAAAGAAUUUCCAGAUGUAUAAUAAUAUAAUUAUUAUAAUUAGUUGAAUAAAGUAGUAAUAUAUUAGAAAUUAAGUGAGUAUGGAUUAUAUGAAAUAAUAGAAGAUUAUAUAAAUGAUUCACUUAAAGGAUUUGAGAAAUAUAAAGCUAAAUUAAAGAAACUUAAAUUAAAGAUAUCUGUAAUAUAUAUUUAUUAUAUUCAUUAAAGGAUGAUAUAUUCAUUAAGAUACCAAAUAUGAUAUUAGAAUUAUUAAUUGUAUGUUUAUAACAUUGUCCUACUAAUUUCAGAUAAUAUGUUAUUAGCGAACAUCAAUAAGUACUGAAAUAUCCAUUAUUCAAUAUAAUUGUUGAAAAUGCUUUUUAAAAUGAAUUAUAUAUGGAAGCAUUAAAAUUAUUAAUUGAUAAUAAUUCAGAAGAAUAAAAUGAAACUAUGGAUUUAUUCUUAAUAUAAUUCUAUCCAAAAAUUACAAAUUAAAUUUCACAUCUAUCAACAAAAGAAUAUAAAUAACAAUUUUUAGAGAUAUCUUUAGGUUUGGUUAGAGCUAUGAAACCUUAAGUGAAAGAAGCUAUUAUUAUAAAUUAAGUUAUAUUGAAAAUAGGAUUUAUUUUAUAAGAAAAUUAAAAGUUAUUAUAAACUAAAUGUUUAUAAAUAAUAAAGUUAAUUUGUUUAUCAAGAGAUGAUGAUAUUAAUAAUGAAAUUAUUAUGAUAAUUCCUAAUUUAAUAAAUGUUAUUUUAUCUUAUAAAGGAUUAAGAGAGAAUUUAAUAUUUUCAUAAUAAUUAGAAAUAAUAAAAAUUAUUUAUGAAGGAAUAAGUUAAAAAUUAAUUUAAUCAUUAGUAAAAAUUAAUUAAUAUAUAAUAGGAAGAUGAAUUGAAGAAAAGAGAAAAUUAAACAAAUUAUCAAAGAAUUCAUGAUAUUUUUAAGAAUCUAAAAAAUAAUUGUAUGAAAUAAUAAUUCAGUUCAUAAACAUAAUCUUAGAGCCAAAUGUAAUCUAGAUACAAUGUAGUAGAUGAUGAAAUGGAUUUAUUUAAAUCAGUUUAAGGACAUAGUAAUAAUACUCAUAUUGUUAAAUAAUAAAAGAAAUAAAUAGAUUAAGAGGAAGAAGUAGACUUAAUAUCUAAGAAAAUAAAGAUAGAUUGA